UACAGUCUAACGGAAGGAUCACGGUGGAAGGUACUGACAGAAAAACUUAUCUCAUCUAACAACUUGCAGCACCAGCACCAUCCCUGCCCCCUUCCCAAAAUCCAUGAUCCAUCCAAAUCCAGACCAGGAUUCUUUGCAGCUGUGAUCACCGGCCAUGUAGACAACCAUGGGAUCCAGGAUCAAAGAGAACCCUGAUAGGACAUUUGAAUGGUUUAUCGAAGCCUUGUGUCCUAAAUCAACAGAUGUUGAUCCUGCAGUGCUGAAACAAUAUCCUGAGGAUUACAAUGACCAGGAAUCUUUACAGAGCCUGCCGAAGUUCUGCUUCCCGUUUGACAUGGAAAGGGAGUGGGAAAGUUCCACCGUCCAGCAAUUCACAUUCGUGCUGACAGAUAUAGACGGCUAUCAGCGGUUUGGUUUUUGCCGCUUGACCAGCGGAUCGAAUACCUGCAUCUGCAUCCUCAGUUUCCUGCCCUGGUUUGAAGUUUUCUACAAACUCCUAAACAAUAUAGCUGACUACUUGGCAAAGGGGCAGGACGUCGAGAUGAAAGAGCUCCUGAGGGUUCUGUACACUCAGCCACCACCCCAGUCAGGCUCUCCACUCAAUCUUGAAUUUGCCCAACAGCUGGGAGUUACGACGGAACGAUCUCUGAAAGAUGUGACGAGGAAUAUCAGUAGUGGUAUGCCACUGGUUUCUUAUUUUAUUGCCCCCGACGUCAACAGCUUGCCGACAAUACCAGAGAGUAGAAACCUGACAGAAUACGUGGUUGCUGUUGAUGUGAACAGCAUGCUGCAUCUCUUCGCCAGCAUGCUGCAUGAGAGACGCAUUAUCAUCACUAGCAGUAAACUGAGUACGUUAACGGCUUGUGUACACGGUUCAUCUGCAAUGCUUUAUCCCAUGUACUGGCAACACAUAUAUAUCCCUGUGCUCCCUCCACACCUCCUCGACUACUGCUGCGCUCCAAUGCCGUACCUAAUAGGGAUUCAUUCCAGUCUAAUGGAGAGGGUGAGGAACAAAGCCCUGGAGGAUGUGGUGAUAUUAAACGUCGACACAAAUACCUUGGAGUCGCCCUUCAAUGACCUGGACAAUUUGCCGACUGACGUGAUGUCUGUUCUGAAGAUGAAGUUGAAGAAGCAGUCAGCAGUGACUGGAGAUGUGGUGUCCCAUGCUUUUCUGAGGACGCAAGCUGCAAUCUUUGGAAGCUACCAGGAUGCCCUCGAGUUCAAUCCUGGGGAACCAGUUACGUUUUGCGAGGAGACAUUUCUGAACCACAAAGCCAGCUCGAUGAAGAACUUCCUGCAGCACGCUGUGCACCUUCAGCUGUUCAAACAGUUUAUAGAUAAUCGAUUGGAAAAGCUUAACGAGGGCAAAGUGUUGACAGAUGUGUUCGAGGAGGAGGUUAAUCUGGGCGGUUUUUCUUCAGGCUCAUCCAAGAUGUAUCAGCUAUGGAAGCAGAACGUAAAGAGAGGUGGCGGGGCCCUGAUCCACACCGUGAAAACUAAAGCCAAUCCAGCUAUGAAGAACAUGUAUAACUUUGCUAAAGGUCAUGCUAAAUUGGGCCUGAAGGGAAUGAAAAAUCGUCUGAAGCACAAGGACCUGGGUGAUGAACGAGAGUUUCAGCGCGGCGGUUCGCUCCGGUAUCAACCCGUCCAUCAGCGGCACAUCCAGACAGAGAGCUUACAGAAUCGCCUACCCAUCACCCAGCACUUUGGUCAAUCUCGUCCUCGACGGCCAAAUCGCCACUACACGAACAUCGAUGGAUCCCUCGCCACUGAGACAGACAGGUCGACCUGUGAUGAAGAUGGGCAGGACAGCCCACUGGAUACGGCCAGUGAUGAGCUGCUGCAGAUAGAGGAUAUGGACCUGCUCGGGGAGAUCUUCGAUACCCUCAGCACUCAGACAGCUCAUGACAAGGGCCUUCUGUACGGGACCCGCAGCCUCGACUUCUUCAACCUGGACUCCAUGGAGGACAUCCGCAGGGUCAGGGGUACCAACCCCAGCGAGGAGAACAUCAACAGGAGAGAGUCGGAGCCAGUGAGACCCCAGGUGUGGAGUUUUGAUGGAUCCACAGAGUGUAUGAAAUCCCUGUCGGCCUCCUUGGAAGAAACAUCAGACAUGUCCUCUGUGUCGACCAGCCAGGCAGACCUUGGAGAUUCUGGGAGUGCCUCAAGUCACGAAGAUAACAUAGCACCUCCGGAGAUGCAGCCCGUGAAUCCCAAUACUCCGAGCACCAGCAGUUCAGAGGAGCAUGGAUCACAGGACGACUCCUUGUCCGUUUCACCGUCUGCCAAAGGUAAUGAGAAGUGUACAGGGAUUCACUGGGAUAAAGGGUCCUUGCUAACUCAACUAACGGGAACACCGACUGAAAAUGGAGCCCUUCAGCCAGACACAACCGAGACAAGAAAUGAAAUGCUGAUUGAGGACUCGGGCUCCCAGGGUUCAGCUACAGAGAUCGACGAGCUGAAACCCUCAGCAGAGGACCACCAAGAACAGGAGGUGGAACAAGACGAAGAUCCAGCAACAUGUGCAGAAGAAAGUGCCAGCCUAACUGAGCGUUCACCUCCACCAACAGCUCCUAAAACAUCAACCACGCGGCAGAGAGCGCGGUUAACGUCGCAGGCGCUUGAAGGCAGGGGGGGUGAAGCCAACCUCGAUGUGAUGGAGGAAAGCUCCUGUAAUCAUGGUGCUGGGACAGCGGUGGAGGCUGGCAGCGAGAUGGACCCCUCCUGUGUUCCCACUGUCCCAGCAACCAGCAAGGAGGAGGCAGCCCAAAGUGUGCAAUCAGCCCUGUCCUAUUUCCAAGCCCGUGCUAGCGAGAAAAAGGCCGAAAUCGCCAGGGGAAAGGUUCGCUCAACGUCCGUCGCCUUUAGAUGUGGGAAAAAGGAGUGGAAAGAAGAACUGGGUGAAUCCACCUGCAACACCUCCACCACCCAGCCUCCUAGCGAUGGGCGACCAGCAGAAGAAACAUUGUCUGUGGAUCAGGAAGAACAAAUACCAGAAACUGUGGCGGCACCCGAGACUGAUCCAGAUAUUACAGCAGCCAGGAAGGUCUCGGAGCUGAAAAAGAGAUUUGAAGCCUAGGAGCUGAUUAAAUUUAGAUUUUAUUCCCCAGCAUUGAUGGGCCAGUGACAGAGUAUAGAUGCAAAAUGCUGGAGUAACUCAGCGGGACAGGCAGCAUCUCUGGAGAGAAGGAAUGGGUGGCCUUUCGGGUCGAGACCCUUCUUCAGACUGGUCUCGACCCGAAACGUCACCCAUUCCAGACUGUUUCAUAGCCUUGACAAGGCACCCACAUAAGACGGGGUCUCAUGCUUGUGUCCAGGCAACACUCAUCACCUUGAUAUGUCCUCCUACACAUGUUGAGAAAAUGAGCAGAAAGGUGAGGCUUUUUGAUUUGUCGUUUAUCUUUUCCUCACUCACACUUUUGGUAUUCAGCCCUGACAUUGAGCUGAUCCAGUUGAUGGGGAGAGGCUUGUGGCUGGGGAAGGGGAGGCAGAAACAGAGGGAGGGAGGACGGGGAGAGUUGACCUUUCAGAUGUUAGGUCAGUGGAAUUUGGAAUUUGGGAGUGUGGCAUGUAGCAGACAAGCCCACAGUUGUCAUGAUU